UUCGGCCAGUCGACCAUGAAGGUUCUUUGGCUGCUUCUUCUGGUAUCGUAUCUGAGUUCAACGCAGGGUGAGGGAAACUGUACCACCUGCGCUGCUUGGGUCGAGCGUGCGGUAUGUGGCUAUAAUAAUAGAUGCUAUACCAGUUUCAAGAGCACCUGCGAAAUGGAAAUGAUCAACUGCAAGCUACCGGACGUGUACAAAUUCAAAGAAACACCCUUUUAUGGACACUGCUUUAGAGCCACCAUACAAAAGUGCAAGGCCUAUUCCUUGUUGCAGCAGCUGAACAAAAAGGACAGCUCCGUUGAAAUGUUCGCUUAGUUAGUAACAUUUAUUAAUGAUAUUGUGAGGCAAAUGUGGCACACAACAUACGAAAAUGCACCGAAUAAUAUUAAAAAACCAUUGUUUAACCCUUAA